CCUUCGACCCGGAAGAAGAACCGAGUCCUUCCUCCGGCUCAGUCUGCCGUGCUGUGUUGUCAGCGGGUUAAACUCUGAUUCAUUUCCUGCUGUUCCGUUGCUUUAACUUCCUCCAGCCUCCACCGACACCGACACACGGAGCCCCGCCGAUGCCGGAGGCCGUCAGCCGUUAGCCGGGGUUCAGCGGGAGCAGCGGCGGGCGGGAUGAGCUCCUCCGUGGCCCUGCACACCCAGCUGGCCACCGUCAUGGAGUCUCUGGUCCACGCCGCGGUUGCGGAGCUCAAGAAGCUGGUGGAGGACGGCGGGGGCUUCCUGCUCAGCCUGAAGGUUCGGACCGGGAGCUCUGGGGAGGAGCAGCUGCUGCCGGCCAGAGUGGAGGCCGAGAGCCGGGAGAAGAUGGUGCUGUUUGCCUCCAUCAUGGAGACUCUGGGGAACGAGGCUCUGGGGAAGAUCAUGAACAUCGUGGAUGAAGCCAAACUGCUGGUGGAGCUGGAGUCUGGGAGGAGCAGUAAGAGACCUCAGACCAGCGUCCUCAACAUCCUCAACAAGGCACAAGUUGAGCUGGAGCACUCGUACGGAGUCCGGCUGCAGAGCUCCGACACAGACGCGUCCACUCAGACGACCAAAUCAGAGGAGGAGGGAGCUGAAACACCGUUCAUCCUGGCCGUCACCGUUAAAGAUGAACAUGGAAACAUCGACCUGGGAGCCAUCGCUGAAAGAGCUCGAGUUGAAGCUGCUCAGCCGGUUCCUCUCGACCUGCAGCAGCACAGAGUUCCCAGCUCACCUGAGUUCGUUCUGCAGAGCGUCACCUGGAAAUACUUCAUGUGCACGGCGUGCGGUAAAUCCUUCACCACGCAGAGCAACCUCAAAUCCCACUACCGCAUCCACACGGGGGAGAAACCGUUCUCCUGCAGCGUCUGCGGCCGAGCCUUCCGGCAGAGGCGGAGCAUGCAGAGCCACAUGCGCACGCACACCGGCGAGCGUCCAUUCGAGUGUCCACAGUGCGGGAAGUGUUUUUCCAAACAGGCGCAGCUAAAGACGCACUCCAUCAUCCACACCGGGGAGAAACCGUAUGGCUGUGAGGUGUGCGGCCGCCGCUUCAAUGUGCUGCAGAACCUGCACCGCCAUGCGCACACCCACACCGGCAAGAAGAUCUUCGUCUGCAACGUGUGCGGGAAAGGCUUCACCCGCGCCGUCACACUCAAAACCCACGAGCUCAUCCACACUGGCCAGAAACCCUUCAAGUGUGAGGAGUGCCCUAAGACCUUCCGCCACGCCGUCAACCUCAAGAACCACCAGAGGAUCCACAGCGGCGUGCGGCCCUUCAGCUGCGACCUCUGCGGAAAGAGCUUCCGCCAGUCGGUGAACCUGAAGAUCCACCGCCGGAUCCACACGGGCGAACGCCCGUUCAGCUGCCAGGAGUGCGGCAAGACGUUCAGCCAGCAGAGCAGCCUGAUCUCGCACGGCCGCACGCACUCCAACGAGAAGCCAUUUGCCUGCGACUCCUGCGACAAGAAGUUCAACAAUGCCAACAGCCUGAAGCUGCACCUGCGCGUCCACACCGGGGAGAAACCAUAUGCCUGCGACAUCUGCGGGAAGGCCUUCAGCCAGGGCAGCCACCUGAGGACGCACAAGAGACACGUCCAUGCCGGAGGGAAACAGUACAUCUGCGACAAGUGUGGGAAGAGAUACUCAGACCAACGCAACCUGAAGCUGCACAAGUGUGGCUACGCGUGAAUGUGACGACACGACGGGAACACUUCCUCUCCUCGUCAGACCUGAGAACAUGGCGCCUCUCCGCCCAGAGCUCACCUGUCACCGCCGAGGAUGACAGCGGCCCGACUGUCCGUCUCUCCGCCGGCCUGAAGGCUCCGUGUCCCGGUAUGAAGCUCCGGAGGAGUCCGCGGUCUGUUCACCGGAGAAGAGGAGCCGCAGCCGGGUUCGUUUCUGCCGAGCGGCGCCGACAGGAGCUCCACAGAGAGGAGGUAACGAUAAGUUAUUGAUAACAAGACCGGAGACCAGCGGGGAUUACUUUCAAAAUAAAACCGGAAACCAGCGGGAUUACCGUCAAAAUAAAACUGGAAACACUACAAGACCGGAAACCGGAAACACUAAAAAAUAUGUUUAAUUUGAUGUAUCGGGGAGAAAAAGACUUUGGAAAAGGUUGACUUAUUUUAUAAAUAAAACCUUAAAUUAUAUAUCUUUUAAAAAUCAGGAAAUCUGCCCUCAAGAUACUUCCGGAAAUGUCUAUUUAAAAACAAAUAAAAUACAAAUAAAUAAACAGGCUGCUAACAUCUCCUCUCCACCAGGUCAUAUUUUCACACAAGGUUUUAAUCUCCUUCAUGAUAAGAACCUGAGUAGCAAAUAAAAAACAUAAGUUAACUGUUAUUAAACCAGAAACAAACUUCAUGAGUAAGACCUUCAGUUUUUAACAAUAUGUUGUUGUUUUUUCCAAACUUUUCAUAAUCACAUGAUGGAAUCUUAAACUCAUAUUCAUCCUAUGUAAUCACAUAUUUGUCUUUAAGUUUACAUCUUUAAUGUUUUAAAUGUGGAGAAUCAAAUCUUCAUUCGCAUAAAAUCAUAAUAUGGAUGGACCUUAAAUAAUUCAGGUAUCCAGGUAAAACAUCAGGUUGUCUGGACAUUAACUUGAGGAAACACGUGACUUUUAAUUAUUUUAAAUUUCAGACUUUUAUUUUUUACGUCAGAGACAGGAAGUGUGCUUGCUGUGGACGUU